AGACAAAGUGACAUCACGUGACGCUUUAGAGAGGAAGAAGAAGAAGAGGAACCACGGAGCGACAGGCGCGGACGCGGCCGGACGGGUUUGUCCGUGCACCAAAUCUCCUCCAUGACAUGGAUGUUAGAGACGGUUGACAACAAAACACCCGGCUUUUCCAUCCACGAUGUUUUCACAUAGUUUCAAGAGCAGUAAACAGGACUUCGCGUUUGGACCAUGGAAAGUUACUGCUGCCAAAAACCACAUCAUGAAAUCCAAGGACAUUGAACGGUUGGGGGGGGAGAUGAAACUUCCGUCCCUUCCAGAGAUGCUGUUUGGAGACAACGUUCUCCGUAUCCAACACACCGACGGCUACGGCAUCGAGUUCAACGCCAUCGAUGCCCUCAGGAGAGUCAACAACAUGGAGGACGCUGUGAAGGUGGCCUGUGCUCAGGAGUGGCAGGAGAGCAGAGCUGAGUCAGAACACUCCAAAGAAGUGGUGAAACCCUACGACUGGACCUACACCACGGACUACAGAGGAACCUUGAUAGGAGAGGAAACACAGAUGAAGGUGAGCGAAACCACAGAACGCAUCGACAUGGAGAAGCUGAAGGCUCGGGAGCAGAUCAUGUUCUUCGAUGAGGUUCUGCUGUUUGAGGACGAGCUCCACGACCACGGAGUUUCCAUGAUCAGUGUCAAGAUUAGGGUGAUGCCCACCAGCUUCUUCCUGCUGCUCCGUUUCUUCCUGCGAGUGGACGGCGUUCUGAUCAGGAUUAAUGACACCCGUCUUUAUCACGAGGCUGGAAUGAACUACAUGCUACGAGAGUUCAGCACGAGGGAGAACCAAAUAUCAGAGCUGAAGCGAGUUCCAGCAGCCUUGUACACUGAUCCUAAUGAGAUCGCGCAGCAUCUGUCCCUGAAGCUGACGGUGUCUGAGAAGCUGGAGUUUCCUGUGACGACUGCAGACAUCUGUCCAUGAUGGAGUCCGUGUGGAAACAGGAUUCAAAAGUCUUUUGACUCCAUCCUUAAACUCUGCAACAAUAACACAACAUUAAUGUCAUCUUUUUUAAUCACCCUGUGUGAUUGACAGACACAAAGACAGUGAUGAGGAAUGACCACAGGGUUCUGUCAUGUGACCACAGGUCCAGUCAUGUGAACUCCAGAGUCCACUUCAUAGUUUCAUAUUUAAAAAAAAAAAAUCCAUGUUUUGUUCUUUUUUUCUUCAGAAUAUUCAGUUUUUUACCGAUGAGUCGCAGCGUCUGGUUAAACGCAGUCUCAUCUAAAACAACUUCCUGUCUGAAAAACAGAGCACUGAAGAUUUCGUUCAGAGCACAUUCACCGAGCAUCAAUAUUCACUGUUCACGUGGUACUUUAACAAUACUUUAACAGUACUUUGAGGAAACCUUAGUCUGCUCCCCUCAGCAGCAGUUUUCACUUUAAUUGAGGUUUGUUGUCAUCAUGAUCAUCAAGUUAAUGUUUAGCGAAAUAUUUUUUAAGAAAAAGAACCUAGAACAACAUCCAGCACAUUUGUGUAUAUACAGCGUAAUUCCUACAGUGACCUCUAGGAUCUGUGAAUAUAUGUACCAGGAGGCUAAUUAAACGUUUUCUUUGUGUAA